CUCUCUGACUACAUACACAGAGAGCGGCGGCGUCAAAUGCAGACACAAUCAGUCCACAAGCGCAUAUACCGCCGGUAAAAUAAGCGUCCGCAAAGCCUCAGCUCGCUAUCUUAUAUCACUGCAGACUGGAUAUAAUCUUACAACAGAGCGAGAAAAAGCACGCAGGGAAAGAGGAAUGGACGACACCUUCACGAAUGGAGAGAUCGGAAUAUUGACAGCAGUGACGGGGAACGUUAAAGGGAAUCUACGGAGGCGACGAUGAAGAGAAGUCAAAAGUAAAGAUACCUUCAGACGGCAUCGUUUCGUUAUUUUACCUCAUCCUGGUGAGAGAUGAUGAAAGCCUUUACUUCACUCCGGUCCCUCUUGUGGUGUCACUGGGCCAUGGUUCGCAAGAAAGGAUCUCUUAUUUUGUGCGUAGCAUUUCUGUUCAUUGCCUGGAAUGCCUUGCUCCUCCUCUUUUUAUGGGGGAGGCCUCCCAUCGGUCGACUCGGCGAGGGAGGUGGAGCCGAACCGGGAGCUGGAGAGGAGUGGGGAGCCGGAAAAGCAAAAAUGGGCGGAGCCAACGGACUGGCCAUCGAAGUGAUCAGAUUGGCCGAAGAAGUAGAAUCGGAACUGGAGACUCAGAAAAAGCUUCUCAAACAGAUACAGACUCACAGGGAAUUGUGGGAACAGCAGAAAGAAUUGGGCAAGAAGGAAUCUGAGAACGCUAAAAAGGACAAGAACAUUCAGGAGCCUAAAAAAACUCAUCAGUUUCCUGCAGUACCUCUACAUCGUAAAAUUGUAGAUGACACAAAAACUGUUGUGAAAAACGCACCUGUGGUUACACAACCUCAUCCGGAAAUAGAGGAGGGGAAAGCAGACCAAAAACAGGAAAUGUCGGAAAAUGAAGUAGACCUCACUAAACCUAGUCCUCAGAUUAUAAUCUCAAUUCUAGUCAUAGCCUGUGACAGAGUAACAGUGAAGAGGAGUUUGGAUAAAUUGAUACAGUACCGCCCAUCUCCUGAGCUUUUCCCAAUCAUUGUCAGCCAGGACUGCGGACACGCAGAUACGGCAAGGGUGAUUGGCUCCUAUGGUAGUCAGAUAACCCACAUUAGCCAACCGGAUCUUGCCGACAUUCCAGUACGACCCGAUCACAGGAAGUUCCAGGGUUACUACAAGAUUGCCAGGCACUACCGUUGGGCCUUGAAUCAAGUGUUCAAUGUCUUUGCUUACUCUACUGUCGUCAUUGUGGAGGAUGACCUGGAGGUGGCCCCGGACUUUUUUGAGUAUUUCCGUGCUCUCUACCCUAUUUUGCAUUCCGACCCUACCUUGUGGUGCGUUUCCGCAUGGAAUGAUAACGGGCGGGAGGGGCUGGUGGACCCGGGCAAGACCGACCUGCUUUACCGAACGGAUUUCUUUCCAGGCCUUGGAUGGAUGCUUUUAAAGGAAGUAUGGGCAGAGUUGGAGCCCAAGUGGCCCAAGGCCUUCUGGGACGACUGGAUGCGCCACCCCGAGCAACGAAAGGAGCGUUCGUGCAUUCGUCCUGAGAUCUCGCGGACUAUAACGUUCGGCCGGAAAGGAGUCAGUUUGGGUCAAUUUUUUGACCAGUAUCUGCGCUACAUAAAACUCAACAUUGAAUUAGUGCCUUUCACUAAACUGGACUUGUCUUAUUUGGUCAGGGAGAGGUAUGAUGAAGUCUUUAACAAGGAUGUCUACAGCGCUCCCUUGGUGAAGGUGGAGGAACUACAGCAUGCCGGAAGCCUUAAGGGCUCCGGACCGUUUAGAGUUCAGUAUUCCAGCAGAGACAGCUUUAAAGUGCUGGCACGCAAUUUGGGAGCGAUGGACGACUUGAAGUCAGGGGUUCCCCGCACUGGGUACAGGGGCGUAGUGAGUUUCAUCUCCCGCGGGCGAAGAAUUUAUCUGGCACCGCAUGAGGGCUGGACAAAAUAUGACACCAGCUGGAGCUGAGAGGGAUGAGGUUCGGAUGCGGACCACAAAAGGACAGAAAGACAAAACCCACAACUUAUAUUACAAGUUCAGGAGGAGAGAAACGGCCUCUCAAACCAAAGAAAACAGGCAGGGUGUGACAGAUUGUGGAAAGAUUAGCAGAAAGAAAUGAGCGUAAACAGCAGGUUUGUUAAGAACACCAGGGCAUGCUGGGAACAGCACAUAAGAGGGCCCGUCGUACUAUAUUUGCGCUGCAAUCCUUCAACAAACUGGCCUCGUGGAAAACGUUACGUCGAAACACCUCCACUGAAUACUAAAAGUCUGAUAUGGGGUUUACUGUCCAGGUCACAUUUCACCUUCAAAACAAAUGAAAUGAUCAUACGUAUUUUCUGAGAACCAUUUGAAUGUCGUCAUUUUCAUAAAAAAUGCAUUUUGUUCCCCAAGUCUUCUUACCGUAAUGCCGCAAUCUUUAACUUUGGAUUUAUUUUGUAAUUCUCAAUGCUCAGUGAUGAUUUAUUACUGAAAUGCAGUUUUUAUUGUUUAAAUAAUUACUGUGUAAUGAUCUUAUUUAAAUCAGCACUACAAGUUCUACUGUAAUGUAUUAUUAUAAUUUAAAUAUCAUUUUUUAUUGCGCACUCCAUCCAGGGUGUAUCCUGCCUUGAUGCCCGAUGACUCCUGAGAUAGGCGCAGGCUCCCCGUGACCCGAGGUAGUUCGGAUAAGCGGUAGAAAAUGGAUGGAUGGAUUUUUUAUUGCGGUAAUGAGAUUUGGGGAUGCUUAAUUGUACGCAAAUGAGAAAAUAUGAAUUGUCCUAAAUUGGCUUAAUUUUAUUUAUGGAAAAUAUUAUGGCUCAAUUAUUUCUUUUGAUUUUGGGGGUUAAAUAUGAUCCGGAGUUUAGAUUCAUUUUGAAACUCUUGAGAGAUUUUAUUACCACCAGACAUUCUAAAUGAAAUCAUUUACACGUAUAUAAAUGAAGAUUACAGCCGUCUGAUUUGACUGAUGCAUUCAUACAAAACUCAUUUUACCUUUUAUGUAGCACCAUUAAAUCAAUGAAGUUAAAACUUGUGCAGGGCUUGUGUUAACUGACAUACCAAAACUCUGUGCCAUUCUGUUAAAGUACUGUACUUGAACCUUUUUUUAUCAUUCUUCCUGUUAAGGGAGAGCUGUCAUUGCAUUUUAAAGAUGAUUGUGGGUUUGUUGCAAAACCACUGGUGAAGGAUAUCGCUUAGGAUACGUCUUUAUGGAUGAACCAGAGGUGAGAGGGAACAUUUUAAUGAAACGUCUGGGAAAGAAAAGGUCUGAUAUUAAUGCAUAUGCAGUAUGAAGAAGUGUGAAACCACUGCCUGACAUGUUUAUAACUUUAAUACAUUGAGAAUAAAACAGACUAUUUUGA